ACUACUAUUUCAUUAACGAUUUAGAUUGUCAUAUGAAAUUGAAUCAUGUUGACUCAAAUUAGAUAUUUUAGAGAUUAAAUUAACAAAAUUAAUGCUCAGAGGACUAAUGUUGCAUAUUCAUAUAUGCUCAAAUUAGACUUAAUGUUGCAUCUUCUAUAUGCAUUGCAAUAUGGGAGUUGUGCUUAAUGAUUUUCAUCCUACUUCCAGACUGAUACAUCCCUGCCUAUAGAGGCUAUAUUCAUGAAAAGAUGGGAAUUUGAUAGUAUAGAACAAGCUGCAAAAUGCAUAUCUUCAUGGUUUUCAGGAACACACCAUGAACAGCUUCUCUUGAAAGGAUAUUUGGAAUCUGCCAUAGCGGUGCAUGUUGAAGAAUCAAAUAAUAAAGUCAUCAUGUUGCUCACAAUGCAAAGAAUACAAUUUCUUCAUCAUUAUAAAAGGGCUCUUUUGAGGAGGUUACACCUUUACAAUAUUGAAAGAAUGGAUAAUGCAUCACUUUGUGCAUCAUUGUCAGUCUGCCCUUGUUUUCUUGAUCUUGAGAUUGUUGGCCUGUAAGUUCUAUUUAGUUGCUUUUCACUUUACUUACAUUAGUAGUUGGUUUAAUCAUGUUUUUCUACGGUUUCUAAACCCAGCAUUAUAAUCUAUGUCAUUGAUAUGCCCCAAUAUGAAUAAUUGUUUUCGCCUGCACAUACCUAUGAUGUGGAUCAGUUGGUGUGAUUAUUUUUUAAAAUUUAUUACCCUGUUUCCUUCACAAACAUCUAAAUAUCAU